GAAGAGCUUUUUUUAGUAUUUGGAACGGUAAAAAUGCGGAAAAUAUGUUAUUUGCACAUAAUAUUUUUAGAAAGUUUUACAAAGUUUAACCUAAAAUUUAUAUUAUAAAAAAUUUUAAAAGUUUACAAAGAAAAUAUAAAAAAAAAGUAUGGUAGAUACGCUUAAUUAAUUAAAAUGUGUUUAUUGUAUAAUCAGUUUUGAAAAGUGAAUUUUAAAAGUGUUUACUGUUAUAUAUGUGCAUUAUUAAAUGCACGUAUGUAUGUAUGUAUGUAUCUAUGUAUACAUGAAAUAAGAAAUAACAAGUUUUGGUUUCACGCUAAAUUGAAAAAAUAAAACAAAAAAAAGCAAAAUGUAUGAAACCUGAAUAAAUUUUUCUUCUGUUAUAAAAACAAAAAAUGCCAACUUACUACCGAUCUGCUGAAUCAUCAUUAUCGUGAAAUUGUGAUUGUAUUAAUUUUUACCUACAAUUUAAUUUACAAUAGAAAUGCAUGACAGUUUUUUGCAAAUCUUAAGUUAAAUUGAGUGAUACAAAUUUUUUACUUUAAUUUCUGGAAUGAAUUUUGAAAAAGAAAAUAUUCAUAAUUCAAACUUUUUAAUGGAUUUACCGUUGGAGUAUUCAAUUUGACGCAAUUCACGUAAUAUUAAAAGCAGUGCAAUUUUUUUAUUUAUGCAUAGUACCCACUAAAAUACGUUCUAAGAUAAAAGUAAACACUCGCUUGGCCAGUCAACAUACUUGUUCACAUGUUUGUUAUAUGUGUAUCCAAUAAUGAUAGUUUAACGAUACAAGAACAUUAAGCUACGCUACAAAAUGUAUAGCUACAACAUUAUACAAUACAAAUACAUACAUACUGUGUAUUGAUCGAAACAUGCAGCAACGCAACAGCAAAACUUUUUUUCGAAGUUUACAACUGCUUAGCCUUAUAUGAUUACUAAAAAUUGAUAAAAUCAUACCGGCUGCUGCUGAAAUUGUAGUAGUUUCAAAGCUGUUACUUUGCUGCUGUUUCUUAUCUGUGUAAGAAUAGGGUCCAUACAGUGGAUAUAUAUGCCAACUACAAUAGUAAACAAAUACAAUAAUUAAAUAACGUGUUUUUAAGAAAACAAACAAAAAAGUAUAAAAUUCAAAAAAGUUAGUCUUACGCAUAAAUGAAUUUAACGAAUCAAGCCGACAGAACAGAAAAUACAACAUCAUUCCUAACGUAACAAUCUAUCAAACAUGUAAUAAAUUUGUUGUACUCGUAUGUUUGUUUUGACAAUAAUAUUACAUAUUAUUAUGUUUUAUAUUUCAAUUUUUAACCCAAAUCUUAUUGACAAAAUCAUCCAUAUGUACACAAUGAUUAAUUAGUUUACUACUUUCGCAUAAAAAUUAUUAUAAAAUCUUACUAUACCAAAAAUUACUUAUUAUAAUUUUAGAAUUUAUUCUAUUUUAAAAACGUAACGUACAGUACAACAGCAAAUUAUUAUACGGCAACAGCAUAAAGUUAAUGGCGUCACACACAAACACAUUUCUCAAAACAACAAAAUAAUACAAUAUGUACAAUACAAAAAUUCAAUGACAACAUUAUAACGAUUUAAAUAAAAACAAAAAGAAAGAAAAAUAUACGAGAAAAAAUUUAAACGCUUCCAGUUUAUUUGUUUUGUAGUUUAGUUGCUGUUCAAUAAUAGACCGUGUAAGUGAGAAAAAGUCAAAUUUUAAGAAGAAAUAAUAAUAAAAAUUUUAAAUAUUUAUGUGUGAGAAAGUAAAUAAAAUAAAAAAAAGAAAAACUAAUUAAAUAUGAGAUAAUCAAAGUGAAAAAAAUAAUAAUUUUUUGAGAAAAAUUUCGUAUUUAUUCUGAUUCAUAUAAAUUAAAGUAAAUAUAUAAAAAAAAGAAACCAACGCUAUCUUCAUAAAAAUAUACAAUCACCUAUAUAGUAAACGAAAAUGUGGUUUUUACCUCUAAAGGUAAACAAAUUUUUCAUCAUUGGAUUAUUUUUUACACUCAGCAUAAAUGUGGGCAAAAACUAUACGCUGCCAACACCAGCAUCUCAAAGAAAUCAUGAAAAACUUUUUACACCACCAGAAAUUGCUCCCAAUUCGGAAGAUGUUACAAUAGAUUAUCAUACAAAUUUUAUGCUGAGAUGUGAAUCAAAAGUUCCAAUACGAUGGUUCUAUAAAAGAGAUAUUCAUAAUUUAGAGACUGAAGAAAAAAAAUAUGAUACACAAAAUCCAGAUAGGCCCUAUGGAACAGAAUUAACAUUAAGUGAUGUGGAUGCAAAAUAUGUUAGAUAUUAUUAUUGUAUUUAUGAUGAUAUUGAAGACGAUUAUUUAGAAGAUAUUAAUGAUCUGGAUGAAAUUGUUGAUGAAGGAAAAGCUUCAAAAAUUUAUGUUUUUGUCAAUGAUCCAAAUUCUUUACUUGCACCAGGUGAUGAUUUUAAUUUCCAUUCAGUUUCUGAACAAACCUAUGACAUUGUACCAUGUCGGCCAACAACAAAAGAUAUUGAUGUAAUUUUAACUGGACCAAGUAGAGAGGAAUAUAAAAGCAAAGAUAAAAGUGCAAAUUUUGAUCCACAUAUUGGUUUUAAAAUAUUCUUUCAAGGUGUUAUAAAUUCUGGUGAUUAUAUCUGUGCACCUGAUACACAACCAGUUAAUCGUCAACAUGAAUUAACCUUUGUAAUUCAUGUUGAUAAAAAACAAUCAUUUAAUUCUAGUGAAAGUGAUAUUAGUAACUUUAUUAAAGAAUAUUCCGAUAAUUCUACUAUUAGUUUUAAUAAUAACAAUGAUAAUACGAAAUUUAAUCCUAUUACUAUCACAACAUCUAAUACUGCAACAAUUAGUUCUACUACUAUAAUUCCCAUUUCUACUUUAACUGUUAUUAAUCCUUCUAUUUCUACUGUUAUAUUGGAUGUAACGGGAAAAACUGCUAAGAUAUCUAAAAGGGAAUUUUCAAAUGGAAAUAACCCAUUUUCAACAGAAAGUUCAUUCAAGUCUGAACCACAUAUUGAACAUGUUAGAAUUAUAAAAGAGCCCGAAAAUAAGCAUGUUAUUGAAGGAGAUAAUUUUAAUUUAACAUGUGAAAUUAAAAGAAGUCUUGGAACUCUGUUAAAAAUUGAUUGGGAUCAUAAAAAUAAAGAUAAAAUACAAGCUGAUGGCCGAUGGUAUGAAACUAGUGAAACCUUGGAUAAUUAUUUUGUUCGAGUUACUUUGACUAUUUAUUCAGCAAAUAAAAACACUGAUACUGGAGAAUACAAAUGUUAUGCAUCCGAUGUGAAAAAGCAAAAAGAUACAUCCACUGUAAUAACUGUUUUGGCUGUCAAUGAAGAUUAUAUUGAAUUAGAAGAGCCAACAAAAACUUAUAAAAUUGAACAAAAACGUGGACAAAAAAUCCGAAUUGUAGUUAAUUAUAAGGGACAUCCAAAACCAGAAAUUGAAUGGUUAAAGCCAGAUCAAACAAAAAUAACUUCAAGUGAUAAAUUGAAAUUUGAAAUCAAUACUAAUGAGGCGAAAUCAGUUCUUAAUAUAAAAAAUGCACAAUUAACAGAUAGCGGUAAUUACACAGCACGUGCUUAUAAUGAUAAAGGAAGCAAAUCAGUUCAAUUUCAAAUUUUGAUACGCAGUCAACCAAUAACAUAUUUAGAGCCAGUACAUUAUGCAAUGGUAAAUGAAUCAAUUAAAAUAGAAUGUUUAGUUGAUGCAUUUCCUGAGCCAAUAAUUACAUGGACCUUCAUACCAUGUAAAAUUGAACCUAAGUGGCCUAAUUGUGAUGCAAGAAUGUUAAAAAAAUUGGAGAAUGCUGAAACAUUUCCACACUUAAGAAAUUUAAUUAGUUAUAAAAGUACUUUGAAUUUUAUACCAGACAGUCCUGGAAAAGUUAUGUGUUCAGCAAAAAAUAAAAUUAAUGAAACAACAAAAGAAACUGAAAUUCGUAUCGGCGAUAUACCAGAUCCAGUGUUUAUUUUAAAUCCAGGAGACGAUACUAAAAUUGCUGUAGGAGAUCAAAUAACAUUAACAUGCGCUGCAUUGGCGUACAAUUACAGUGAUACAAUCAAUUGGUUUCUUGAUGAUCGGAUGGUUGAAAAUUCUAAAGAUGUUGAAGUUAUUAAAGAAAGAACUUCUUAUUCCUAUAAAACAAAUAUUAAUUUCAAAAGCAUUGAUCAUAAAAAUUCUGCAACUUAUGAAUGUAGAGCAAUAUCAAUCGCAGAUGACUUAGAAAAUAAAUUUACUGUAAUUAAUGUUUAUGAUCCUGUCGACCCUAUUCUUUCUGAAGACUCAAUUAAAGAUGGACUAGUUGUACUUAAGAAAAUGGGAGAAUCUGCUGAAUUGAAAUGUGACGUUACGGAAUGUAUUCCAAUUCCAACUAUUAAUUGGUUUAAAGACAAUGAACCAAUUAUUGAAGAUGAUAAUAUUGGCCUAGAAAAUGGUAACACUACUUUAAGAAUUCGCUUUGUUCGUUUACGAGAUAGUGAAGGAAUUUAUAAAUGUGUAAUUUCGAAUCGCUUACGAACAGUAGAGCGUUCAGCGGAAAUCAAAGUUUCUGACGUUCCUGUUGGAAUUCAUGUUGGUUGGAUUGCUGCAAUUAUCGUUUUCAUUCUCAUAUUAAUCAUCUUCAUAAUUGUUUUAUGUAUUCGUGUUUACAAGGAUGCUCAGAUUCGUAAACAGUUAAAGGAGAUCGGCAUCGAAAAUUUUGAAGAAGGCUGCGUUGGUCAAAUUAACGAGUCAAUGACAUUAGAUGAACAAGCUGAAUUAUUACCAUAUGAUAAAAAUCGAUAUGAAUUUCCAAAAGAAAAAAUUCAUUUGGGUAAACAAUUGGGUCAAGGAGCUUUUGGUGUAGUUCAUAAAGCUGUAUGUGAUGGUAUUCUUCCAGAUGAAAAAGAGACAAUUGUAGCUGUUAAAAUGGUUAAAAAAUCAGCUGAUAAUGAAGUUAUUCGCGCCCUAGCAUCUGAAUUAAAAAUUAUGGUACAUUUAGGACAACAUCUUAAUGUUGUAAAUUUAUUGGGAGCUGUAACAAAAAACAUUUUUAAACGUGAGAUGAUGGUUAUUGUUGAGUACUGCCGUUACGGAAAUAUUCAAAAUUUCUUGUUAAAAAAUCGUAAAAGAUUUGUUAAUCAAAUUAAUUUGGAAACCGAUUUAAUUGAUCCAGCAAUAACAAGUAAUGAUAAAAGGUUUUCAACCGAUUACGAAUAUAAUAGUCAAGGACUAAGAUAUGUUCAUCUUGUUUUUCCAAAUCAUAAACCGCGUAAUCAUAAUAAUAAUAAUAAUAACAAUAACAUAAAUAAUAAUACAACCUCGUCAACAACACAAAAUAGCAGAAGGAUAUCCGAAAAUGAUCCUAGAUCUGGUACUCGUCCAGGGCGACCAAAUUCCCAAGGAUAUAUUAGACAAUCGGAAUUAUAUUAUGCAAGCGAAGUUGAUAGUGCAAUGACUCAACAAACCGUAGUCGAUGGUGAAGAAAUUCUUUCGAAUAAUUCUGUACAACCAAUUUGGAGGAGUAAUUAUAAAUCUGAUUCAGCUACAGAUCAAUUAGAAAUUACUACAAGCCAUUUAGUUAGUUGGGCAUUCCAAGUAGCACGCGGCAUGGAUUACUUAGCAUCCAGAAAAGUGUUACAUGGUGAUUUAGCUGCAAGGAACAUUUUAUUAUGUGAAGACAAUAUUGUGAAAAUAUGUGAUUUUGGUUUAGCUCGAAGUGUAAUUAAAAAUGAAAAUUAUCAAAAAAGUGAAGAAGCAAGAUUACCAGUGAAAUGGUUAGCCUUAGAAUCACUUGGCGAAAGAGUUUUCAGUACGAGAUCUGAUGUUUGGUCAUUCGGUAUUGUGCUUUGGGAAUUUUUCUCUUUAUCAAAAGUUCCAUACCCAGGCAUAGAUGCAAAUGGUGGAACAUUAUAUGAAAAACUUAAAGAUGGAUACAGAAUGGAAAAGCCUGCAUAUGCAAAUCAGGAGUUAUAUGAAAUUAUGUUAGAAUGUUGGAGAGCAAAUCCAGAUUCUCGUCCACUAUUUGAUGAAUUAGAAAGACGUUUUGGUAGAAUGUUGGAAGAGGAAGUAACUAAUCAUUAUAUUGACCUCAAUGAACAUUAUUUGCGUAUUAACGAGGAAUAUCAAAAAACAAAUCCGACUGACUGGAUUGCUUUAAUGGGAUCUCCAACAGAAAUAGCACCUCCAGUACCGCGAUAUGUAAACGAAAGUAUCAUUCCAGAAAUAAAAAUUGAUAACACUGAAGAUUAUUUAAAAAUGAGUCCAAAAACCGGUAAAGCAAUUUUUUCACCACGACCUACUAGUGAUGAUUAUGUUAAAGCUACUAAUCAAUUUGAUUUUCCGGUGCCGUUAUCACCAACAACAUCGAAUAAUAUAGAUAGUCCAGUAUUAAAAAAUCGUAACAAAGAAAACAUUAUACCAGAGGAAAUACCAAUGUUAGCAAGACAAUCAUAUUCAGAUUCAGAGCCAGAACAAAGUCCUACAGCUAAAGAUAUAAUUAAAAAAUUUAAUAGCUAUAACAAUACAAAUAAUAGUAUUAAUGUACAAAAUAACAAUAUAAAAAAUAGUAAUAAGGUGGCACCUAUAACAAUAGCAUCGCAACCACCAUCGCUAAAUAAUGCACAUCAAAAAUUCAUUAGCAACGAUAAUUAUGUGAAUGUUAAAUCAAAAGCACCAUUAGCCGGAUCUGAUGCAUUUACAAACCCCAGUUAUUUAAUAUUACAAAAUGCCAAUGAGAAAAAAAAAUAAUACGAUUGAAACAAAAUAUCUUAGGACAUAAAUAUUAAAAUUUGAAAUAAUGGAUAAGAAACACAUAUAUAUAUAUAGGUUUUUUAAACUCUAGUCUAUAUGUUAAAGUAUAUAAAUAAGUAUAUUUGUAUAAAUAUACAUUAUGUAUAUACAUAAUUAUUAUAUAAUUAUAAUUAAAAUAUAAGCUUCCAAUUAUUCACAAAUAAAAGAUUGUUUUUUCAUAUUAUUUAAAGUUAUAACUAUAGAUACAUUUCUCAUAUUCAUUUCCAUUUUAACAUUAUAAAUUAUGUUUUAUAUGAACCUGCAACAUAAAUUGUAAUCUUUCAGUGCUUUAAAUUGUUAUUAACUUUGAAUUAUCCACUUUGCUUAUUUUUAUUUUAUUUUACUGUUAAACACUUUAAACCUAAAAAUUUACAUUUAUUUAAAAAAACAAAAAAAUAUUGUUGUACAAAAUUUAUAAUGAAUUUAAAAAAAUUAAAUCAACAAAAAAAGUGGAAAAAUUCAAAUCAAUUUAUAGAAUAUAAAAAAAUAUAAAGAAAACUCAGUUUUUACAACUCGAAAUAUAAGUAGUUAUUAAAAAAGAAAACAUAAAUUUAAAAUAAAAUAUAAAUGUGUAACU